AGACGACCUUUCCCGAAAUCCUCAAGCGAAGAUCAUCGUCUUGUCACCGUUCAACAGGGAUGGAGGAACUAGCAAUCGAACUCAAUGCGGAGGGGAUUAAAAAAAGAGUGAUAAGUCCGGGCAAAGGUGACCUUCCAGUGUUUCCCGAUGGAACUAAGGUGAAGUUCCACUACCGCACCGCGCUGUGUGAUGGGACACUGCUGGAUGACUCGCGCUCGAUGGCCGGGAUGAGCAGGCCCAUGGAGCUGAUUCUGGGGAAGAAGUUUAAGCUGCCGGUGUGGGAGCGUGUUGUCAUCACCAUGAGGAAGGGAGAGGUCGCUGAGUUCACCUGCGAUACAAAGCACACGGCCCUGUACCCCCUGGUCUCGCAGUCUCUUAGGAACAUCAGUGUGGGUAAGGAUCCUCUGGAGGGUCAGAGGCACUGCUGUGGGAUUGCCCAAAUCCACUCCCACCAUUCCCUAGGGCACCAGGACCUGGACACCUUGCAGGCCACUCCACAGCCCCUGCUCUUCACUCUGGAGCUGCUGGAGGUUCAGCCUCCCGGCUCCUUCCAGUUGGACACGUGGGCCAUGACCGAUGAGGAGAAGCUGCAGGCGGUGCCUCCGAUCCAUGAAGAGGGGAACGAGCUGUACCGAAGGGGAGAGAUCGCUGCGGCUGCCGAGAAAUACCACAAUGCCAUCGCCUGCCUCAAGAACCUGCAAAUGAAGGAGCGUCCAGGGGAUGAGAGCUGGUUCCGAUUGGACCACAUGAUCACGCCUCUGCUGCUGAACUAUUGCCAGUGCCGGUUAAUUGAGGGCCAGUACUAUGAGGUUCUGGACCACUGCUCCUCUAUAUUGUAUAAACAUGAGGGCAAUGUGAAGGCGUACUUCAAGCGCGGGAAGGCACACGCGGCAGUGUGGAACGAGACCGAGGCCCGGUCAGACUUCGCUAAGGUGGUGGAGCUAGAUCCCUCGCUGACGUCGUCCGUAGCGCGGGAGCUACGGCUAAUGGAGGAACGGAUCCGGGAGAAACGGAAGGAAGAGAAGGGACGCUACAAGAGCCUGUUCAACUACAGCGGAGGUGCCUCUACCACUGCCACUAAUGGCUGAAGACCAGACAUUACCAGAAAAAAGAAAAGAGUGAAUCAGACCUACUCAACCACACACAUACACACAUGGACACAGAGAGUGACAAUGUACUGGGCAACAGACACAUGCUGAACAAAUACAUUGUGAAACACAGAAAACCUUUUGAUGUGCAUCAGGAAGGCAAACGGUCAACAGAGACAAUCAGUGUCACUAGCCCACACCCUAACCCCCCUCACAAAAACAUCUGUUCCUGCCUUUAUAACCAAGGACAGAAUGUGACUAUAACUAUCUGCAUUAUUUAUCUACAUUUAUGCUAAUAUCGUGCUUUUCUAUUAAUUGGUGAUCUUUAUAUUAAAGCUUGGAGACUUUACGUCACAGUCUGCCAUCCUCGGCCACCUUUUAGACUUGAGUGAGCAUAGUUCAUUCAGGUUCCUUUCCAAAAAAUGGGGAGAAAUGUUCCGUUGGGAAAUCCACCCCCCCUCUCUGGUUACUUGCCAGGGGAAGGGGUAAAUGAUCAAUCGGAAGAUUGUACCCUUUGGACCCAACGGGGCAACAAAUCUACAACCUGCUGGCUGCACUGUAGUGAUUGGUCAGCCAGCUGGGGCCAUUUUAAAGCUCUGUAUAGAGCGACUGGCAGAUGUACAGAGGCUUUUCACAGGCCAAAUUACACAAUUACAAGCUCAGAACCUCCAUGGCCAAAGUGAAUUGCCCAUUAUAAUUUCACCAGCAGUUUUUGCACACAAAACCUUACAAGCCUGUUAACAGUUGAGCCUCCUGCCAGAUAAACCGCAGGCGCUCCUCGUAAACAUUGCAUUUUGUUUGUAAACCUGCAAAGCACCAUCAAGGUUUAGGUUGAGUGUUAAAGUCUUGGUAUCAACAAAUUUUGAUGUUACAAGAUUUCUGAUGCAAAUAACUAGCUGUUAAAUAUCCCCUUGAGUAGUAUGGACACAGAGCGAUAUUCAGUCUGCCCAUGUCAAAAAAAGUCUGCCAAGCUAAUUUCUGUUAUUUUGUAUUUGUUUAGCUAUAGGAUGAAUAUCACAAGUUGUAUGUAUACAAGCGGCUGUCGUCACUGAACCUGCAGCAACACUGAACCUGAUGAGUAAAUGUGUUUGUGUGCUUGUGGAGUGAAGCCGCCAUGCACAGCGCUCUGCUCUCCAAACGGGCAAAAGCCCAGCUCGUCUUGUGACUAUAAGAAGCCAAAUAAAGAGAGAAAUCCUCA